CUUCAACACACAACUCUUGCGUAACUAAUUUUCAGAAAUGGCAAACGAACCCCAAAGCAUACGAGGUCUCUUUGUGAGCGCUGAACGUGCGCGCAAGGACCUCUCAUCUUCCUACGAUAGCAACAGUCCCGCUUUCCAAGAAAACCUCAACACCGCAAUUGCCACAUACCAAGAAUGUCUCAAGCUCGCCGAACAAGUCUCGCUCUUCAGCCCGAACGAGACUCUGGAAGAUAUAUCCUCCACUGACCUGCAGUACAUGACCAUCAACCAUCACUUGGCGGAACUCGGACAAAAGAUCUCGAGCACAGAUGUAUCCGUGAGAAAGAAGAACAUCCUGCAAGCGCGGGUUUACUAUGAGCGGUUUUUGAAGCUCCUGGAUUCUUACGAUGCGCUUAGCAAGUCAGAUGCGAGGCUUUUCGAAACCUACACUGAAGAUAAGGAGAACUUUGCUACUGCAAGCACGCGGGAUGCCGCGGCAAGAAGAGAUGCGAAGAUCACACGGUUCCGCGAGGAAAAGGAGUUGAAGAGAAAACUAGAGUAUCUUCAGCAAAAUCCCAAACUCGCCGAGAAUGACGAACAAGUGGUUCGGGAGUUGCACCUGACGAAUCUGGCAUUUAUGGUUCACCAGACAUUCCAGUCGCUCGAGUCCAUUGCACAGGAACUGCACAUCAUUUCCCUAGCACCCCCCACGCCCACGCAAAGACAAAUCGCGCCAGGGCCAGACGAACGUCAAGAUGGCAGGAACAAAGAUACGUAUUCUGAGCGUCUGGACGGCCAACUACCCGGGCUUAAGUACUCGGGACCCAUCCUCAGCCCCGACGGCAAACCAAUGCGGCCAUUUACGCUUCUGGACAGCCGGCAAACGUUGAAAAAGAACGUUUUCCGACCUGAUCAUAGUCUGCCAACCAUGACAAUUGACGAAUAUCUUGAUGAAGAGAAGAAAAGGGGUGGUAUCAUCGAGGGGGGUGGCCCACAGAGUGAGAUUCGCCCUGAGCCGAACGAGGACGAUCUCGUUGCGGCUGAUGAAGAGACGAUGAAACAACGUGCAUGGGAUGAGUUCACGGAGGAGAAUCCUAAAGGUUCUGGAAAUACCCUCAAUCGGGGUUGAGUGGUUAUGGAGUUCUGUCGUAUACCUAGAUCAUGCUAUUUGCAACAUGACGAGCGUCUAUCCAAAGUGUCGCUUGCUUGUUGUUAGCAAACUCACCUUGACAUAACUCAUCUUCUCUAUUGUCGUGAGUCCAUCCAA